GAUAUUGUGUCACACGUCUUCUCUGCAUGUAAAUCUGUGGUUCGUCAGGAAUGGAAAUGGACAACAAUCAGCAGUCAAAAGACUUCAUAGUUGAGCCCGGCCUGGUUUCUGAGGAUGGUAAGAACGUCAAGACUGUCGUGUGCCAACGCUGUGGAUCCAAGGUGCUGUGCCCUGGGAUGGCUGUGUUUGCAGAGAAGGAGCUGUUCCUACCAUCCAUGCGGAAAAAGAGUGGCCUCAGCAGCACGGCAGAAGGCUCAGUGGAUGGGGACACUCUGACUGCUCACUGGUUCGUGGACGACAUGUACACUUUUGAGAACGUGGGCUUUACAAAGGACGUUGGGAGAAUCAAAUAUCUCAUCUGUGCAGAUUGUGAAAUUGGACCAAUCGGCUGGCACUGUUUGGAUGACAAGAAAAGUUUCUACGUGGCAGUGGAAAGGGUAAAACAUGAUUAGCUUGAAUGCAAAAGUUAGUCCCCAAGAACUUAAAAAAUGUGUUGGCAGGAUUUUCAUCUUUUGUUCCCAGAGUUGACCCCAGCCUAAAGGGCAGCGCAUCCUGUCUGAAAGGCCCUUAAUCCACCACACUCAAUUUUACAUUAACUGUUAUGUGUACAAUGUUUAUGAUAAUUAGACUGCGUCUCUUUCAUCCUGACAGCAGUGUGACCAUCCUGUUCUAAUAAAGAUGUUUUUUGGAAGAUGA